GGCGCGGCGAGGCUUGGCGGCCGCAGGACCCUCCCUCCGCCCUGGGUGGGCGCCGCUUUGGCCUUUCCGGGCGGAGCUGCGGAGCUGCCCCAGCUGGAAAUUCAAGUUCUGCCCCCGAGGAGCAGCUCCCGGCCGGAAUGCAGCGGCGGGAGGGCGAGGCGGGGCCGGCCGGGUGGGGGGCACCAGAGCUACAGCCCCACCUGCCUUGGAGGCUGCCCCCUAUUAGUGGAGUUCCUGACCCCCUUUGGCCGUUGGCGAUGGCGGCAGUUGUUGUAGGGAGCCCCCUGCCCGAGGAGAGCCAAGGGGCCAGGUUUCUCCGACUUGGGUCCCCAGAUGUUGUGGGACUACACCUUCCAUUAUCCCCAGCCUGGGGAUGAUAGAAGUUGUAGGCCAACAUCAUCAUCUGGGGACGACGGCCCUCAAACCACAGUGGCCUGUGGCAGGGGAUGAUGGGAGUGGUAGUCCAACAGCAUCUGGGGACCCAAGUUUGAGGACCCCUGUUCUAGGGCUCCCACUAGUACAGAACAUGCCAGUUGACAGGCGUGGACUUUUCUCUCCGGGUAACUCACCAAUUCAGAGGCGACUGCUUGGGCUGGCAGUUUGUUCCCAGGCCCAGUUCGAGGAGCUGGUUCUUACCUGUAAAGCUCUAAGCACGGAAUUUUAGGACCAGGGAAUCUUGGGGGAUGUCUUGCCUUUCCCCAUCAUGAACUCUCCUCUUGAAGCCCAGCUCUAGACUCUGGCUCAUGGGGAGACUAUGUUUGGUUCCACUCGGAGCAGGGCCUUCUCUGUAGCAGCCCCAGUGCUCUGGAGCACCCUUCCUUGGAAAACCCCUCCAGCCUCCUCCCUGCUAUAUUUCCAGAGGCUGGUAAAACCCUUUCCAAUUUUUUUGAAAGCGCCUAGCGGUGAUGGAAAACUAAUGAACAUAAGGUAAGAACAGCCCUGCAGGAUCAAGCCCAAGGAGGCCCAUCCAGUCCAGCAUCCUGAUUCACACAGUAGCCCACCAGAUGCCUCCAGGAAGCUCACAGGCAGGAGCUGAGGGUGUGCCCUGCAACUGGGAUUUGGAGGCAUCUUGCCUCUGAGGCUGGAGGUGGCCUAUAGCCUUCAAGACUAGUAGCCAUUGAUAGACUUGUCCUUUUGUCUAAGCUCCUUUUAAAGCCAUCUAAGGUAGGGGCCAUGACCACAUCCUGUGGCAGAGAAUUCCAUAGAUUAGAUUCCAUAGACACACUGCAAAAAAGUAGAUUCUCCACUCUUCCAUUUACAUUAGGCUGCUGGUGUUGUUUGUUUGGUUUAUUUAUUUUCCAUUCUCUUGUUUUGCUGUUUUAUCAGGACUGCUUUAGGAUGUCAGUGUUGUCAGCCGUGAUGGAAUUUAUAUAAACAGCAGAGUGUAUCGGUUCUUUUAAACCAGCAUGAUUCACAGGCAUGGAGCCGCCAGCGAGGAAGACCACUGCAGGAAUUCCCGCUUUCAUUUCGACCUGUGGUUCUAUUUCACGCUGCAGAAUUGGGUGCUGGACUUUGGCCGCCCCAUUGCCAUGAUCGUGCUGCCCUUGGAAUGGUUUCCGCUGAAUAAGCCAAGUGCCGGAGACUAUUUCCACAUGGCUUACAACGUCAUCACACCCUUUAUUCUUCUGAAGCUGAUUGAGCGCUCCCCCAAGACCCUGCCCCGCUCCAUGGUGUACAUCAGCAUCAUCGUCUUCGUCAUGGGGGCCAGCAUCCACCUGGUGGGCGACUCGGUCAACCACCGGCUGAUCUUCAGCGGCUACCAGCUCCACCUCUCCGUCCGGGAGAACCCCAUCAUCAAAAACCUCAAGCCGGAGACGCUGAUCGACUCCUUCGAGCUCCUCUACUAUUACGACGAAUAUCUGGGGCACUCCAUGUGGUACAUCCCCUUCUUCCUGAUCCUGUGCAUCUAUUUCUCUGGCUGCUUCGUCCCCGUUAAAGAAGACCGGCGGCAGAGAAUCCCACUGGCCGCCCUGAUCCUCAUUGGGCCCAGUAGCCUCUAUUACUGGUAUCUUGUCACGGAAGGGCAGAUCUUCAUCCUCUUCAUCUUCACCUUCUUCGCCCUCAUGGCUCUGGUGAUGCACCAGAAGCGGAAAGGACUGAUCAUGGACAGCAACGGCCGCUUCCUCUUCUUCUCCUUCAUCAUCACCCUCGUGCUGAUCGUCUUCUGGGUGGGGUGGCUCUGGAACGACAAGAUCCUCCGGAAGAAGUACCCUGGCAUCAUCUAUAUCCCAGAGCCCUGGGCGUUUUACACCUUGCACAUGAGUAAUCUCCACUCAGCAAAGGGGGAGAGCGUUUAACUUUUUUGAUACUUUUUUUGAGGGGGGGGGAGAUUUUAAAAUGCACCCUCGGGAGACCCCAGUCUGCUACAAAUUUUUCCUGCACAAGCCCCGUUGAAAGAGACCGAAUUGGUGCAGUGGAUUGUGUCCAAACUGCAGAGGAUGCUGUCUCCUCGGUGAGAAUUGACACCUGAUCCUAGUUGGAAACCAGUUCCUCCAAGUUCAUUGGGAUCCACCCCCUAAGUAAGUCUGCAGAGGACCACAGCUUUAGGCUGCUAUCCUAAGCACACUUACUGGAGUUUUAGGUUCCUAAGGAGUCAGUCAGUUGGCCUUCUUUCUGAGCAUCUGUGCUUAGAAUUGCAUUGUGUGUCUGUAUCAGGGAAAUGCUUGGGUGUCAUUUGGGGAGGAUAUUCACACAGUGGCAGCCUGUCCAGGGUCUUGCGUUGAACUUGGAAAAUGCGUUUGCUCCUGCUCUAGACUUCUGAACACCCGUCCUGCUUCUAGUCCAGCAGACUGUUGGUUAUCCCAGGGGUUCUCAGAUGCUCUUGGGCGACAACUCCCUUUAUUACUUGCUGUAAUAAUGACUAUGUAUGUAACACUUCCUACAAAAAGGGUUUUCAAAACUUUUGAAAAAGAAUCAUGAGAAGAAGCUGGCGUUCCCUGUCCCCAAAGGGCUCGCAGGCGAAAACGAAAUGUGAGUUAGACGCCAGCAGCAGCCACUGGAGGGAUACUGUGCGGGGGCUGGAUAGGGCCAGUUGCUCCCCGCGGCUUAAUAUAAAGAAAAUCACCCCUUUGAAAAGGUGCCCUUUUACCCAGUUAAUAGGGGAUCCUUUGGCCAUUGUGGCCAGAGAUGGUGGGAGCUGUAGUCCAAUUUCAACUGGGGGCCCAAGUGGGUGAUCGGAUCGGGUUGUCGAGGGCUAUGUGUAUCGGUCUCCCCGUUUCCCUUCCUGCGGUUCGCAGCAGGAACUCAACUAUGCAAAGAGAUGCAGAGGUGCCUCUUCAACAGUGCUGAGGUCAGCUGCAGGAGGUUCUCUCAGCCUGGCCUGCGUAGCAGCCAGCCUUCUUGUUCUGCUUCUCCUGACAACGCCAGCGGUGUGUUCCUCUUUGCGUUGGCAAGGGAUCGCGCUCAUUUUGCAAUGAGUGCGGGGGGGGGGAGCACUAAGCAGUUGGCCUGGUGUCGCUGUGGGUUACGUGCCGCCUCCUCUCCUCCUCCUCUGCACUAUCUGAUGUAAACAAGCUGCACGCAUGAGUGGCUGAAGUGAACCUAAAACCAAGAAUUCCAUCGGCCCCGGCUUCCUGUUUCCCACUGAGCCAGCCAGAUGCCUCCAGAAAGCCACAGGCACAUCAGGAAGUUAGCCAGACUCCCCUGCAUGGUUCCUCCCCCAGCAAUUAGUAUUUGGAGAUACUCUGCUUCUGACCAUGGAGGUUCUAUACAGCCAUCAUGACAAGAAACCAGGGCUAGACUUCGCCUCUCCACCAGUGUGCUUAACAACCCCCUUUUAAAGCCAUAUAAGCUGGUGUCCAUCCCCACAUCUUGUGGUGAUGAGUUCCACAAAUUAAUGACACACUCAUCCAACUCCUGGCUUAGUACUUGGCUUCGUCAGUUUACUGCCAUCUCUGUGCUGCAGCAGCCUCUUGAGGUGGAGUGACAGCCUGAACUGCUUUGUCAGGGGCUGGUGAAUUCCGCCACAGUUAGUGCAAAUUCUGGUAUGCAAACCAGCUUCAUGGCUUAAGCUUCUGGUUUGGUAUUGCCCAUAAACAAAAAGAGGUUGACUCAGAAUCCCACUCUCAGUCCCUGGAGGAAGCAGGAAAUGGGCAGCACAAACUAAAAACCUCCUAGGAAUGUAGGAGGCUGCCUUAUACUGAGUCAGCUCAUUGGUCCAUCUAGCUCAGUAUUGUCAUCACUGACUGGCAGUGGCUUUCCAGGGUUUCAGGCAGGAUUCUCUGAAGGUGCUGCCAGGGAGUGAACCUGGAACGUCCAGCAUGCAAGCAUGCAGAUGCUCUUCCACUGAGCUCUAUCCCCUAAGGGGAAUAUCAUACGGCAGUUGCAUGUAGUAACCCAUCCAAAAGCAAAUCAAGGUGGGCCCUGCUUAGCAAAGGCAACAGUUCGUGCUCACUAUCACAAGACCAGCUCUCCUACAACCGGCAGUAAAGACCUGCAAUAAUGAUGGCUCUUUGGCUCUGAUCGUAGUGGGACCAGAAAAGCGAUGUUUCCCCAUCUUGCUGCAAUGGAUGCUUUUGGCCACAUCUUCCUUCUGCUUGCUGCAGGUCUUCCUGUGCUUUAUCCCUCCCUCUCUCUCCUUGAAUACUCAGGUAGAAAACUUUGCUUCUGAAGGAUUUGCAAGGUUGCUUCUUCAAAUGGAAAGACUUGUUAAGUAGGUUUAAAAACAAAACAAACACCCUAACCCAACCUGGAAUUCCUGGGCUGAAUAGGCCUCCAUGGCUUGCCUACCAUGACUCUGUAUUGUGUAUAGAUCCCCAAGUGUGAUCCAGCCCAAUUUUCUGUAGUCGGCAAAUAAAAAUCAACAUUUGUUAAAAAGUC